GUGCAUCAGCCCAUGACCCUGUUUGUCUUUAUUGUGUGUGUGUGUGUGUGUGUGUGUGUGUCUGUCUGUGUCUGUGUGUGUAUCUGUGUGUGUGUGUGCAUCAGCCCAUGACCCUGUUUGUCUUUAUUGUGUGUGUGUGUGUGUGUGCGUGUGUGUCUGUCUGUCUGUCUGUGUGUGUGUGUGUGUGUGUGUGUGUGUGUCUGUCUGUCUGUGUCUGUGCGUGUAUCUGUGUGUGUGUGUGCGCAUCAGCCCAUGACCCUGUUUGUCUUUAUUGUGUGUGUGUGUGUGUGUGUGUGCGUGUGUGUCUGUCUGUGUCUGUGUGUGUAUCUGUGUGUGUGUGCGCAUCAGCCCAUGACCCUGUUUGUCUUUACUAUGGGGGCUGUGGUCACUUUUUCACAAGUGAUGCUGUGUGUUUGGAUGUCUGCGAACAUAAAGGGAAUGCGUGCAUUGGUGUGUGUGUGUGUGUGUGUGUGUUAAAUGCAGGUAUUAAUAUGCUUUGAGAGGGUAAGUGGGAAUGUGUGUCUGGAGACAGAAUGUGUGUGAAUGGGUAGAAAAUAUGUGGAUAAUUUAGUGUUUGUGUGGACAGUGAAUACAGGUGUGUGUGUAUGUGUGUGUGCGUGUGUGUCUAUGGGGGACUUGGAAUACCCAUGUGUCUAGUGAGGUGGUUGCAAGAGAGCGGAUGGGGUUUGGGAAGGGCGGUGGCUUCCAGUCUAAAUUCUGCAGCUGUGUGUGUGUGUGCACAGAUAUUUAGGCACACAUCUUUUUCCAUCAUCCUGGAUCAACAUUUCACCAGACAGCUGUACUCCUACCACUGCUACGCUGAAGUCCCAACAUGGUUUUAGUCUCAGGACUCAACACGUGGUCAAACACAGACCAGAAAAGAAAUAGCUCUUGACUUUUUUUUUUUUUUGGCUCACGCCAUUCAGCUGGUUUGGUCAGUGGGGUUGAUGUUUGGAGGCUGUGUGUGCUUUCCAGAGUGACCGCAUCUCCCAGCAUGCACUGAAGUUCUACACACAAACACCAGCUGGCAGAUCAAGGUUACCAUCACCCUGUUCAUUUACCACAAUGCACUCAAAACUCCCACAUUUAUUACAAACACAUGUAUGAUAGGCGUGCUAUAAUCUGUAAAAAUAGUGUAAAAUGGUAGUCUAAACAGCAGGGUGCAUUGAAUGAAAUUGAAAUCUGGUAAACUUGGUCAAAGGACAAAAAUAAUAAUAAAGGUUUCCUGGCAGUUUCUGAAUAAUCAAGUUAAACAACAUAACAUCAAUCCAACUCCUCAGUCUUUGACAACUCUUAGAAUCAGGCCGAACCACAAAGCAGAAGUGUUCCCUCUGGCAGAUUCUUCGUCUGCUCAGUCCAGACACACAGACCUCCUGGCGCAUCUGCCUUUAUUUGGGUAUGCAGAUGAGGUGAUGCAGAGUCACAGCAGAAACUGGUCAUUCCAGAUUUUGGCUUGGUGCCAGUUGAAUUACUGGUAUUUAACUCCAGAUCUUCGGAGAAUGAACCGCAUAACCUGUGGGUUUGUCACCCACUGUGCGUGCACACAUGCUGCACACACCCAUGCUACAAACACACACACACACAGCUGUACACACAAACCCAUGCUACGCACACACAGCUGUACACACAGACAUGCUGCACACACCCAUGCUACACACACAGGUGUACACACACACACCCAUGCUACACACACACAGCUGUACACACACACCCAUGCUAAACACACACAGCUGUACACACACACAUGCUGCACACACACAGCUGUACACACACACAUGCUGCACACACACACAGCUCACCUCCAUAACAAAAAAAUGGAGCACUAAUAAAUGAGAUGUCAUUUGUUGUCACAGAGCAAAUAUUUACCAGAAAGUGUCCCUCUGUUUGAACCGGAACAGUGAUUAACUCAUCUUACAGAAACUAUCGAUGUCACCACAAUAUCAACAUAACAGUGGCAAGGUCAAACACAAGCACGUCAAAACUGGGCUGGCUAGCUGGGUCCAUCAAAUGAGAGAAGAUUUGGGCUAAGGAUGUGGUGAGCUAUAGAUGGAAAGAUAAGUGAGGCUGUGGAAGAGGCAAUUGAGUUGAGAAGAUGGAAAGAUGGUGAAAGAGAGGGAGGAGAGAGAGGGCUUUAGGUUUGACACGCCCAAUCCUGAGGCUAACCUUCUCGGAACAGACGGCGGCGCAGAGUUUCAAAAUCACAGCGCAGCAGCAGCAGCGCGUUAGCGUGUCUGUGCAUCCACUCUUCGGUUUGUGAGAUCAGAAUUGUUUUCUGUAAUGUGGUAAAAAAAAAAUUUCUUUAAAAACUACUGGGAAGGGCGGUUGAAAUUGCAAUGGAGGAUUAUUAAGAAACGAAACGUCCUUCCUGUAUAAACAAGAUGUGAAAAGACUUAAAGAAGCUAGAACGAGUGAGCGUAAUCUACUUGCUGCAAGGGGGGAAACACAGGAAGAUUGGAUACAGGUCUUUUUUUUUUCUUUGUUUUUGUGUACUAAAUUUGGAUUUGAUCCCGGUUCUGGCUGGCCUGACCGGUUGUUGGUUUUUGGCAGAUCUCAAAGGGCAACAGGUGUGAUGUUUGUUUUUGCACUUUCUGGAUAAAGGCUGAACUGGUUUCUGGUUAUGAAUCUGGUCCUGAUUUUUCCUUCAUGCACUAGAACUUAGUUUUGUGUGUUUCUCUCUCCAAACGCCUCCUCCACCCUGCAAACAGACCUUUUUUUUCUCUGCCAAAAAUAUUCUCAAAGAUAGCUGAUGGGCAUAAAAUAGCCACUUGUUUUCUGUUUAAACUGACUGAAACUCAGGUUUCUUCUACCUUCUUUCUACGGCUCUCUCUCUCCCUCUGUGAGCUGGCUUUUUAUGAGGCUGAAGCAGGAGUGGCUGUUGAUAAAGUAAUACUGUGAGCAGAGGAAUGGAGGGAGGAGAGCUAAAUCAGAGUAAACACACAUGUCUCACUCUCUGAUUAUUCCAAAUUGUUUUUGAGUCACAGAGGAGCACGCACGUGCUGGACGCUACUGUGGAUCCAUACUAGCUGACGGAGUCUCCACUGAAUACAGUGUGGGUUGAGAAGGAAACAAAAAAAAAGGAAAAAGAAAAUCAAGGAAGUGACAUUUUUUUAAAUUAAAAAAGGGAUUAUAACAAUAAAAGAGACGGAAAACAUCAUUGUUAAUAAUGGUGAAGGACACUUCUGCUGACACUCAAACGACCUUGCGCUCUGGCAGGACUGUCCAAUGUGGCAGGGGGAGGGGGGUCGGUGGUGGCAACAGCGCGGGGCGGCGGAGGCUCUUCCCCCUGUUGCUCUCCCUCCCCCUCUGCGCGCUGCUCUGCCUGGGGGGUCUCGCGGAGGGUGGGCUCCACUCCAGCUUCCUGCAGCGCCGGCUGAGCGUGCGUGAGAGGAAGGAGAUGCAGCGGGAGAUCCUGUCCAUCCUGGGGCUCCCCGGCCGGCCCCGCCCACACCCCCCUCUGCGGCCCCCCUCCUCCGCCCCGCUCUUCAUGUUGGACCUGUACCACGCCGUGUCAGGGGAAGGGGAGGAAGCCCCUGGCUUGGGCCUAAAACUGGACAAGCUGAGCCACGUGGCACUGCCCACCCUGAGCACCCACACCCCGCCCCUCGGGACCGUGGUCAGUGAGGCUGACACCGUCAUGAGCUUCGUCAAUGUGGUGGAACAGGAACGGGACCUCCUGCAGCAGCGGCCGUACUGGAAGGAGUUCCGCUUCGACCUGACGCCCCUGCCCCAGGGUGAGGCGGUCACGGCUGCCGAGUUCCGCAUCUACAAAACCCUGAGCAUCGGCCAGCGGAACCGCACCCUGCACAUCUCCGUCUACGAGAUCCUGAAAGAGAACCGCCACAGGGAGCCCGAGCUGGUGCUGUUAGACAUGCAGUCGGUGCCGGCAGGGCAGGAGGGCUGGCUGGCAUUCGAUGUGACCUCAGCCAGCAACCGCUGGCUACUGCACCCUCGCAGCAACCUGGGCAUCAGGCUCUAUGUGGAGACAGAAGAGGACCGCUCGCUGUCGGCGGGCUGGGUGGGGCUGGUCGGCCGGCGGGGGCCUCGCUCCAAACAGCCCUUCAUGGUGACGUUUUUCCGGGCCAGUCAGGGUCCCUAUCGGGCGCCUCGCGCACUCAGACACAACAACCAGCGCAAGAAGAAGCCCAAGUACGACCUGCCCCACCCCAACAGGCUACCCGGGAUAUUCGACAAUAACCAUGCCAACAGUGGGCGCCAGGCUUGUAAGAAGCAUGAGCUCUACGUCAGCUUUGGAGACCUGGGCUGGAAGGACUGGGUUCUGGCACCGGAGGGCUACUCAGCUUUCUACUGCGAUGGGGAAUGUCUGUACCCCCUGGGAUCCUGCAUGAACGCCACCAACCACGCCAUGAUCCAGCUGGUGGUUCACCUGAUGAAGCCAGAUGAGGUUCCCAAGGCCUGCUGUGCCCCAACCAAGCUUAGCCCCAUCUCCGUGCUCUUCUACGAUGACAACAACAACGUCAUCCUUAAGAGGCAGCGUAACAUGGUGGUGAAAACCUGUGGCUGCCUGUAGCACAUGUAAACGUGCAUUCGCAGAGCUUUGAAGUAUUCUACACAGAAAUGUCUCUGCUUAGACCAUGGAUUUCAGAGUCAAGGACAGCUACAACAUAUAAUAUGAUGGCUUCAGUCUGGCCUUGCCAUUCAGACACUCCAUGUGUACAGCAAAAGGACUCAAGUGUGCUGGCAUGUCAAAAAAUCUAUUGAAAAAUCAAUUAAACUGAAAAAAGGAGGAACUUACUUUAUCAAAAAUGGAGGCUAGAAAAUGAUGCUCACAUUUUAUUCCUUUAUUGCAUUUUAUUCAAAAUGGUAACCGCAAUCAGUUAAUAAAUAGAAAAUUGAUAGACAGUGCAGCCCUGCAGUUCUUUCAAACCUCAUGUUUAAAUGCUUACUUGGCUAACGUGGACCUGGAAAAUAUGCAGGUUAGCACCUCUCCAAUAACAGGGCUGCUCACUCCCAGUUUGGGCCAAUAUCAAGUACAGGCCAACUGUGGGUUUUUUUUAACCAGAGGAAGAAAAUAAUUCAUUUAAUAUACACACAUUUAUUGAAUAACAAACCAAAAUGUAGGCAUCUUUUCCAUUUCUAUCUACAAUAACACAAACAUAUGAGUUUUAAUCUUAGACAUGACUUUCCUCAAAAAGCCUCAUUUGGCUUUAAUUGCAAUUAAACAAAUUAUUGAAAGUAUAUCUAAUCAUUUUGCAAAUGGGGUGAGAGGGAGGUGGAGGGGUAGUUAAAGUGACUGAAAUCUUACCUACCUCAUGUUUUUUUAAACCACAGGUAGCCUAACACCAUUAGCCUGCAGUGUACGUAAAAUAGGCAGAAAAGCUGCAAAAAAUAUUGCAAGGCAAGAUAGGCUUAGAUGUGUGGGGCCAAAUUAACAUAAUAUUGUGGCAAGGUUAUUUCCCAUGAGAAAUUGCAAAGAAGCAAGAUUUCUAGGUGCAAUGUUCAGUACACACUCAGAAGGGUCCAGCCGAUGGGCAGUAAUGUUAAUCGGAGAAGACCAGGAAGAUCAAGAGGUAGUAGACAAAUAUCUUGCUGUGUCAAGCAAAGGAGACCAUUGCACCAUUGCGCCACAACUACAGGAAGAACUCAAUGCAGCUAGAGAGAAACCAGUUCCCCUGACUACAGUGUAAUGGCAACUAUGAUCUGCUGGUGUAAAAGGAUGUUCUUUUGCCUUUUCUCAAUCUUUUUGGUCCUGUGUUGAUGGUGCUUGGCCCACUGGAGUCCUUUCUGCUUGUUAACAGCACAUAGCCAGGGCUUCUAGACCAGCAGAUCGUAGUUGCCGUUUGACUGUAGUCGAGGAACUAGUUUCUCUCUAGUAGGAUUUUGUUCAUCCUAUAGUUGUGGUGCAGCUGUAAGACAGUUUUUCUUGCUAGACAACACAGGAUAUUUUACAUGUUAAAAUAUCUUAAGCUUCUUUGCAAUUCCUCACUGGGAAUAAACUUCUUGUCACAAUGUACACUUGGCUCCGCACAUCGGAGCCUAACUCCUGCUUUGCCAUAUUUAUUGCAGCUUUAGCAUCUAUUUUACUUUCACUACAGGCUAAAGGUAUUAGGCUACUGGAGAUUUUCAAAAAACUUACGGUAGAUAAUAAUUCAUUCAAAUUAAUUACCCUUCCAGCUUCAUCCACCUCCCACUUUGCAAAAUUAUUGGAUAAAAAUUCCAAUAAUUAAUUUAUUGCAAUUGAAUCCAAAGAAGGGCUGUGUGGUGGUCCAGUUGGUAGCACUGUCGCCUCACAGCAAGAAGGUCAUGUGUUCCAAUCUUGGCCUGGGCCUUUCUUAGUGGAGUUUGCAUGUUCUCCCCGUGUCCAUGCGGGUUUCCUCAAGGUACACUGCUUUCCUCCCACAGUCCAAAGACAUGCAGGUAGACUAAUUGGUGACUCUAAAUUGCCCAUAAGUGUGAGUGAAUGGCGAAUGAAUUGUGUGUGUGCCCAGCAAUAGAUUGAUGACCUGUCCAGGGUGUACUCCUGCCUCUCACCCAAUGCAUGCUGGAAUAGGCUCCAGAACCUCCUGCAACUGUGUCCAGGAAUAAGCAGGUAUAAAUAAUGAAUGGAUAGAUAGAUGGAUGAAGUCAAAAGAGGCUAUUUUGAGGAAAUUCGUAUCUAAGGUCAUUUUAUUUAUAUAAUUUAGAAACAUUUUAAUAAAAAAUAUUUUUCUGCUAUUGUGGGAAAAAAAAUUGAAAAACAAAGUUUGUACUUUGGUUUGUUAUUCAGAAAAGUGUAUAUAUUAAUUGAAUUCUUCUAUUUCUUUUUAAAAAGUACAGGUGGCAGCCUAAUACUUUUGGCCUGUACUGUGUGUAUAUGUAUAUAUACAAGUGAGCUCCAUAAUGUUUCGGACGAAACAUUUAUUGAUUUGGCUCUGUACUCCACAAUUUUAGAUUCAUAAUCAAACUAUUUGUAUGUGAAGUGCACAUUCUCAGCUCUUAUUUAAGGGUAUUUUAUAUACUUUGAUUUCACCAUGUAGAAAUUACGGCACUUUUUAUACAUGGCCAUCCCAUCCCCCCAUUUCAAGGCAUGUUUGGCACAUAUAAAUGUAAUGGAUUCAGAUCUGACUUGGCCAGUCAAGAAUUUUUUUGUUUUUUGCUUUGAAAAGCUCUUUAGUUGCUUUAGCAGUACAGUUGUAUUAUUGUCUUGCUGUAGAAUGAAGUGCCAUCCAAUGAGUUUGGAGGCAUUUGCUUGAACUUGAGUGGAAAAGAUGCUUCCAUACAAUUCAGCAUUCAUUCUGCUGCUGCUGCUAUCAGCAGUUAUAUCAUCAUUGAAGACAAGUGAGUCAGUACCUCUGGCUUCCAUACAUACCCAAACCAUAACACUCCCACCACGUUUCAUGGAUGAUAGGGGGGUGCUUUUGAUCUUGGGCAAUUCAUUUUGGCUUCCACACUUUGCUCUUGCACUCACUCUGAUACAAAUGAAUGUUGGUCUCAUCUGUCCACAAGACCUUGGGCCAGAACUCUGGAGGCUCUUUUCAGUGUUUCUUGGCAACCUGCAACCCGGCCAUCCUGUUUUUGUGGCUAACUACUAAUUUGCAUCUUGUAGUUCUGUUUGUGAAGUCUUCAGUAGACAGUAUUCACUGACACACCGAUGACUGCUGCCUGAAGAGUGUUUCUGAUCUGUCAGAUGGGUGUUUCAGGGUUUUUAUUCAUUAUGGUUAAAAUUCUUUGGUCUUCAAUUGUAGAAGUCUUCCUUGGCCAGUAAGGCCAUGUGCGAUUACUGAGCUGAACAGUGGAGCUUAAUACUGAGCUUAAUGAUAUCUCAAACAGUGGAAUUAGGUUAGCCUAUGUCUGUUUUCUUAUUUCUCAACCAUAAUGCAUUCUUUUGACUUUCAUUGGCACAACUCUGGUCCCUAUGUUGACAAAUGCCAAUAACAAGACCCCACAGACAAUCAAAAGCCUAUAAUCAAAAUUAGACACUGAAAUCUCUCUUAUACCUGCAUUAAGGAAGCAAUUGAACACGCAACUAAUCAGAAACAUGUGCGACGCCAUUUGUCCUAAACAUGUCCUGAAAUGGGGGGACGUUUAUAGUGCUGUAAUUUCUACAUGGUGAUUUUCAUGAUGCAUCAUGUAAUAAACCAUGUUCUUAGUAUGCAUAGUUGUUACUGUUGUAGACUUUUUAAAUAUCUGAGAGUAUUACCAAUGCCUAUAGAUCAGUACUGCAAGAGGAAGCCUUGUACAUUUAUCUGCACACAAGACAACCAAAUAAGUACACCGGAAACUGCAAGCAACUUUGUACUCACUUUAUUUUUCUUUAACUAGUACAAGUUAGUAGCCAUGAAAAAAUUUCAAGGAAUUUUUUUAUUUUUUAUGCAGUUGAUAUGUACAGAAGGUAAAUUACACAGGAUUGUAAGUAUCCUUGCGUGCCCCCCCACCCCAUUUUCUGUCAGUAGAAAACCAAAAA